CGGCGGGGGAGGGGGCCGCGGUCCGGCGCCGCCCCGGAGCGGCCGCGGUGGGGACGGACGCGACACGUCGGCUCCGGACGGGCUGUGUUGCCACCCGGGCGUGUUCGUGCCUCUGGGUGGCCGACUCUGGUGACGCCUCAGAAGCGCUCCUCAGCUCCCCCCGCCGCCGCCAAACAAAACUCAUGCCGGGUUUGCGUUCCGCAUCCCCCGUCUCUUCCAGCGCUGUAACUUAUUUCCCGGCCGUGUCGCCAGAAAAAUAGUAUUAAUUCACCGACUACAGCUGGCAACCUUUUCGCUAUAGUCACGCACGAGGGUGGAGGAGAAGCCUGUGGAAUCAACAUCUGAUGGUGGCUGGAAACUCACCUUCCUCACUUCCUGCUCUCUGUCAGUAGAGUCUUCUCAAAUUUCCAGUGGUGUGGGCUAUCAACCUGGGAAGAAGAGCUCAGGAAAGGAUUUCCUUAUUUCUCUUUGAGAAGAGAAGAGCUUGGGAACACCAAUGAUCUGAGACAUACAAACAGCGACUCUUGAUUCGUUUUGUGAUCCCACCUUUCUGCUCAGCUGGACCCUGGUGACACUCUGCUCUUUCACAUUUGAGAAGUUUUUCUUUGCAUGUGGAGCUGAGAGCUGGGAAUGCUUCAUUAUGGCAGCAGUUGUACAACAGAAUGAACUCGUGUUUGAGUUUGCCAGCAACGUCAUGGAGGAUGAGCAGCAGCUUGGUGAUCCAUCUAUUUUCCCUGCUGUCAUCGUGGAGCAUGUUCCUAGUGCAGACAUCCUGCACAACUACUCCGGUUUAACCUGCGUGGAUGAACCUAGUGACAUGAUCACUGAGAGCUCUCUGGAUGUUGCAGAGGAGCAAAUCAUAGAAGAUGAUGAUAUCACCCUUACAGUUGAAGCAUCUUGCCACAAUGGAGAUGAAACAAUGCAAACAAUUGAGGCUGCUGAAGCACUUCUCAAUAUGGACUCCCCUGGUCCUAUGUUGGAUGAAAAAAGAAUAACAACUAUGUUUGGCACACCUGAAGAUGAUGAUAUAGUGGCUCCUAUCACACAUGUGUCAGUCACGCUUGAUGGGAUCCCUGAAGUAGUGGAAGUUCACCAAGCCUCAGACCCUUAUGCCGAGUCACCAGAGACUCCAGAGUUUGAACAACCAAAGAAGAAAAAAGGAAAGAAGCCGAAGCCAUCUCGUCCUGAGUCCCCUACUACAACUCCAAACAUAUCUGUGAAAAGGAAAAACAAAGAUGGAAAGGGAAAUACAAUUUAUCUCUGGGAGUUCUUAUUAGCACUGCUCCAGGACAAAGCUACCUGUCCUAAAUACAUCAAAUGGACGCAAAGAGAGAAGGGCAUUUUCAAACUAGUAGAUUCCAAGGCUGUGUCCAGGUUGUGGGGAAAGCACAAAAACAAACCUGACAUGAAUUAUGAAACAAUGGGUAGAGCUCUCAGAUACUAUUACCAAAGAGGAAUACUGGCUAAAGUAGAAGGUCAACGCCUAGUAUAUCAAUUUAAAGAAAUGCCAAAAGAUCUGAUCUACAUAGACGAUGAAGAAGCAAGCCCUAGCACUGAAUCAUCAGAUUCAAGCCUGCUCUCAACUCCUGUGGCCAAUAGAAACCAGUCGAGCAGAUCUAGAUCAUCUGCAAACGCAGGAACAAAGGGAGGAUCGACCACAGUGCUAAAAACAGGAAGCUCCAAGCCUGCGAAGCUGAAGGAGCACAUAGAAGUUGUACAGCAGCAGAUGCCUGGCUUGACUUCAGAAGUUUUGAGGACAAUGCAAUCUCCACAGCCAGUAUAUCCCACUCAGCUUUAUCGGACAGUUCACGUAAUGCAGCCAUUGCAGUCCCUCCCAGAAGGACACGCAGCUGUAGCCAGUAAUGUUCCAGAUGAAACGUUAAGUUCCUCGGUUCAGAAUAUAAGGACUUUACAGACUCCAACUCAAGUUCCAGUGGUUGUUUCUCCAGGAAAUCAGCAGCUGCAUACUGUAACACUCCAGACAGUGCCUCUUACUACAGUGAUAGCCAGCACAGAUCCAGCCUCAGCAACAACGCCCCAAAAAUUCAUUUUGCAAGCCAUUCCUACUUCCCAACCCAUGACGGUUCUGAAAGAAAACGUCAUGCUGCAGUCUCAGAAGCCAGUCUCACCUCCUUCCUCCAUCGUGCUGAGCCCAGCCCAAGUUCAGCAGGUGCUCACCAGCAGCGUGCAGACAGUUUGCAAUGGAACAGCCAACAUGUCUUCAUCUCCAUCCUUCAGUGCCACAACCCCCGUGGUAACGUUUUCGCCCAGCAGCUCCCAGGUGGUAGCUCAUCCACCAGGCACAGUGAUCACUUCAGUGAUUAAAGCACCAGAAACCAAACAAAUUGGCAUACAAGGAGUGGUCAAAGAAGACGACAACGACAACUUAGAUGAUACUGAGCAGUCAGAGCAGAGAUUCCAGCAGCAACCGUUUGUGAUGGUGGUGUCCAAUUCAAAUGGUUUCCCAUCUAACGUGCAAGUGAAGCAAGAAAAUGAGCCCUUGGAACCCAAUUCAUAUCAAUAAAUUUGAAAAGAAAAGGAAAAAAAAAAAGACCCUGUGGAUGAUUAUGUUCAUAAAUGUGAUGGGACCUCUUCAGUCAUGUAUAUAUGAUUUGAUUCUGAAGCAAGUUGUUGCAAAGCUACUUAAAUUCCUGCAGUUAAUUGUUAGAAUUUCAUACAUUAGAAUGGAUUUUGAUCUUUCUCUUACAUGCUAAACGUUAUCAUACAAAGAAAAUGAUAUAUUACUCACGUUUCAAACCACAGGCAUGAAGGAACAUGCUUUUUUUUUACGCCAUGAAGACUUCCUCCUGAGGUCGUUGGCCAAAGUUUCAAACCUGUUGUUUCUUUAUUGUACGUUUUCAGUCUGCUGCUGAUCGACAUGGCAGUGACCUUAUUGUAACCUUUUCCGUUUAAUCCAUGCGUGUAUCACUUCAAUUUUUACAGCAGCUUUUAGCGGGACCUUUUCCUUCCACGCAUACGAAUUCUUACCAUCGAGUAUCUGUCCCGUAGCGGUGCACCACACCGGUGUGCAGGCUUUGAUACCCAGGUAUCCUCUUGCAUGUUUUUGUUUUGCAGCACAAGCCCUUGUGCGUGCAAAACUGAAUAUACACUCCUGUUGAGAGUACACAAAACAUUUACUCCAGUAAUGGACAGCGCCGUUUCUAGCUUUUAUAUGAGAACAUCAGAUCUAUUUAAUGACAGAAGUUAACAGCAUCACUACAGGUGCAGACGUUUCAGGCCAUUUUGCGACUAUGAAGCUUAACAGUCUUGCUUUCUACUUCAGAUUAUUUUGUAAGGGGGGGGAGGGGGGGAGGGAAAUGAAAUAUAGACAAUUUAUGCAGGUAUUUUGGAGAUUAAUCCUGCUAAGAGUUUCUUUGUUGGUUAUUUUUUUUUGUUUUCCUUGAUUGUAAAUAAUGUACAUUCAAUAUCACAGGGGAAGGGUUUGUGGUUUUUUUUUUUCAGCUAAUUUGUUUCCAUACAAAUUUUUGAUAGAUGCAAAUAAGAUCAUUAUCUUUAGAGGUCUAAUGUUUUAUGUAUUCAUAUUACAGAGUGAAUUUGUAUUUAAAGACAAAUUUUUAAGUGACGGAGCCCUUUGAACCUUGGGUCCUUGUCUUUUGUAUUUUUAAUUGGUUUAUUAUGAAAAUAAAUCAAGUGGAAAAAAAAGCAUUCUUCUGUAUUUACUCU